AUCGCAGCCGCCGAGCCCGACGCCGCCCGCCCGCUGCCCGGCCGCCGCGGUGAGAGGGGCCGUGGGGCGGCUCCGGGCUCGCCUGCAGGGCUCGCGAGGGGAAAGCGGGCCCGGGAGAAACCAGGACGGGGCGCUCGGGGGUCCGCGGGGGUGACAGAUGCCUUAGGGCCGCGUGAGCUGCUCCAGAGGCGCAUUGUUGGUGACAGCCCAGGAGCCAGUCUGCCGGGCCCGCCUCUGGCAUCUGCACAGCCCACCCGACCAUGGAGGCCCCGGAGGUCCCUGUGGGCUCGUUGAUUGACUUUGAGCCUGAGCCACCUGCCUCCCCUCCCCUGGAGACACCGCCCCCCACGCUGCAGGAUGGGGACGGCUCCCUGGGCGACGGCGCGUCGGAGAGUGAGACCACCGAGUCGGCAGACAGCGAGAAUGACAUGGGCGAGUCACCCUCACACCCGUCCUGGGACCAGGACCGCCGCUCCUCCUCCAACGAGUCCUUCUCCUCCAGCCAGAGCACCGAGUCGGCCCAGGACGAGGAGACCCUGGCGCUCAGGGAGUUCAUGCGCGGCUACGUGGAGAAGAUCUUCUCCGGGGGGGAGGACUUGGACCAGGAGGAGAAAGCCAAGUUUGGAGAGUACUGCAGCAGCGAAAACGGGAAAGGCCGGGAGUGGUUUGCUCGCUACGUGAGCGCCCAGCGCUGCAACUCCAAGUGUGUCUCGGAGCCGACCUUCUACCGCCUGGUGCAGUCGUUUGCGGUGGUUCUGUUCGAGUGCCAUCAGAUGGACGACUUUGGGCCCGCCAAGAACCUCAUGACCAUGUGCUUCACCUACUACCACAUCGGAAAACCACACCUGCUCCCCUCGGAACCGGAACCGGAAGCCAAGGAGAAGCCCGCAGGGAGCGUGGACUCCUACCUGCGGUCGGCAAACAGCUGGUUGGCGGAGAAGAAGGACAUAGCCGAGCGGCUGCUGAAGAACACCUCGGCCAGGACGGAGAACGUGAAGGGCUUCUUCGGGGGGCUGGAGACCAAGCUGAAGGGCCCCCUGAUCAGGAAAAAUGAGGACGACGAGAACAAGCCCAGGGAGAAGCAGCAGAGGACAGUGACUGUGUGCAGCCCGGAGGACGAGAAGAAAGGGGAGAAGAUCUACCUGUACACUCACCUGAAGCAGCAGCCCAUCUGGCACACACUGAGGUUCUGGAACGCGGCCUUUUUCGACGCUGUCCACUGCGAGAGGAGAAAGCGAUCUCCCACUACCAGGGAGAAGUGGUGCCACAUGACCCAGGAGGAGCGUGACGACAGCCUGCGCUUCAACGAGAACAUCACCUUCGGGCAGCUGGGGACCUUCACGCACAACAUGCUGGCCUUCGGGCUGAACAGGAAGCUGUGCAACGACUUCCUGAAGAAGCAGGCGGUGAUCGGCAACCUGGACGAAGAGCAAUACAAGCUGCUUAGUGAGCACAUCGAGCAAAUGGCUGCUGAGUAGGCCACGGAGGCCACACCCCCAGGAGGACUAGCCGGCGCCUGGCCGUCACCCACCUGAUGACCCUGCAUGACGCCAGCAGCACCCAGAGCUGCUCCUCGCUGCCCUAGAACUAGCGGUUAGAAGAAUCCGGCUGCCCAUCCUCCCCUCUGCCUGUGUCUGCUCCCCCUUCCACGUGCCAGAAUGUCCCUUGGAUCUCACGGCUCACAUGAGGUGACCAGCUGUCCCCACAAGCGCCAGGCUGUGACAUGAGACCCAGAGGGAGGAGGCCCAGGGCUGGAGAGGGUGGGGGGUGCGGGGUGCAGGUGGGAUGGCUGCGAGGCAGGCAGGGCUGCAGCUGACGGGCCAGGACGGGAGGACAGGCGUCGGCCAUGGGGGCGCCCGGGCCACGCCCCCACCCCAGGUACAGACGGAGCUGCCGCGUCGGCCUCGGGGGGCCUUGCUCUUGCUCAGCCUCCCUCUGUGGGACGGGAACUGGGGGGUCUCAGGCCCCCUGGGAGGAGAGACGCCUCCUGUUUCAGGGAGAGACAGUUCAUGCAGAGGGUGCUCUUUCCCGGCUGUAGUGAGACCCGGCCCCUGUCCAGGGACAUGUGAGUGCCCUGCCGAUGGCACAGGAUCCGUGUGGCUUCCUUCGAGUCACACCAGCGCCGAGGCGUCUGCUCGGCCGACGACUUCCCUCUGAAGCUUCCUCAGCACGCCGGGAGCGGCUUUGUGCCGUCUGUCCCACCGGAGAAGCACAGAGAAGAGAAAUCUAGUGGCUACGAGACAACCUCCCUUUCUAAGAGCAAACAGUGCUGCUGAUUAUUUCAGACAAGGCAGGAGAGUCUGGUGUGACAGCCAGCUGGGGAGAGGUGGCUCUGCUGUGAUUGUCCAGGGCCGGUUAGCGGAGUGGGCUCUGGGCCCUGGGCCCUCCACCCCUGUGGCCUUCACUUCCGCAGCCCAAGGCUUCGUACCCCUUCCACCACCCAUACCCGGGCCUGGACCCGUGGCUUUCCUGCGGGGCUUGUCCCGCACAGAAGCCCAGCCAUGGGGACGAGGCCUGACCCACAGCCUCCGGCAUGCUGGCUCCCACGGCCACCCUGGGCUGCCUGCCUCUGCUCGUGACUUGAGACGGGAGCCUGGGGGCUGUCUCCCACCGUCCCUCCUCCCCUCCUGCCUGCCUGCCCCGCCCUCCCAGCCUGCAGUCAGUCAUCACCUUCCCGUCCCUG